UGACGAGGAUCGUCCUGGCUUUUUUGCGGUGAUUGUUGCCAAUGAUCGUGACCGGGUCCUUCCCGACGACGGCUACUGCCUUUGAUAGCCUGUUUCCUCGAGAUCUUCCAGGGGGAGAAUCCGCUGGAAACCCUCCGAAUCCCGUUGUCGAGCACGGCGAUAAGGCUGAUGUGGUCUGUGAGCGCACGGGUGGGAGCCAUAGAGCCAUCUGUGACUCUUACGUCGUUACUUAGUCUAAUCAAACAGGACCCUCAUGAUGAGACAAGCAAACAGCGCCAACAGAGGCUCGUACAGAAGCUCGACAAUGCCGCCCAAAUAUCCUUUGCCGAACGUACCCUCCAGCAGGACCACAUUCGACUCCUAGCCAAGAUGAACAACGAAGCCAAAGUUCGCCGAUCGACCAAGUCAGUAGUACUAGGGAAGGCAAAGGUGAUGAGCUAUAAGGAUAUCGAAGCACGAGCGAAGCGUGCUGAGGAAGCCGCUGCGGCUCAGGGAAAACGAGGUCGGAGGUGCGGGAGUGCUGCGCCAGAGCAGAUGUGCCAGAGCCAAAGGCUAAGAUGGCGCGGAUGAGCGGAACACAGCUUGCAGACGCAGAGCUAUGGGCCCAGAGGCGCGGAUGCGAGAACACCAGAGCCAUGGAGGGCCCCAGUGGCGCGGAUGACCGAAGCGCAGGUUGUGGAAGAUGGGGUUGUGGCAUGCGGUCUCACCUUGGAUCGGUUUGAGCAGGCUCGCGUGGGCUUUGCGAGGUUGAUAGACAGU